AACUGGUCUAACGACGAAGAGGGUACUAAGAAAAUCACCAACGUCGCUUUAGGUGACUUUGACAUUGCUUUCAGGCUUGAACCAGGAGCUCUGCUUCACAGCACUCGUGCAGUAGGAAACGUCAUGUGGCGCAGUCCAGAAGGGCAGACUGGGAGAGGUUUGUCUAAGGCAUCAGACCUUUACUCAUUUGGACUGGUUUGCUUAUUUGUCCUCGGGGCUGAGAAACUGCUACUCAUCGAUAGUUAUGAAGCGCUCGUCAAGCUUGGUAUUAGCCCCGAACAAGAAAUAUUGACGCGACACUUCUCGUACUUUGGGCCAGCGAACCAGGGCCUGUUCAACCACAUAAAUAGCGAGAAAUGGACAAAAGCUCUUAGACUAGUAUCUGAAAUGACUGAGCUGGACGUACAAGACCAGCCAGACUUGAGAUUUGAGGUAUGGGGACGUCAACUCGGUUCUGGGGCACAGGAGAUGAUAUCUGGAAUGAUGAAAAUGGAUCCAAAGGCUAGGUCAACGAUACAUCAGGUUAUGGAGCAUCCUUGGUGGAAGGAGGUCAUUCAUUUGACGGACAACUGA